AUGGAAAACCUCGAAAACAAAGAACUAAUUGCUUUGCCGCUCGAAAUUGAUAUAGAGAAUACGCAGCAUAUAUGCACUUACCUGCGAAAUCUGCGGGAACGCCUUAAGCAUACCGUACAGCAGCACACUGACCUAAUCCAGACGUCAGUGAGUUUAGUCAAGGAGAUGAGUGAUGUGGCCACAACGUUGGGAUUGACGCAGUCAGAGCCCGAGCAGCCGCCUACUAAAAUCAAACGCCUAAUUAUGGAGUUCGAGAACAUGAACACAGCAGACAACAACUCAAUCGAGGCGAUCGAGCUGCGUGAUCUGCUUGCAGACUUUCGUCGUCUGCACGAGAGCCAAUUGCUGCGCGACAGCCUGAUGUGCUACAAGCGCGCCAAGGAGUCGUUCGAGAAGGUUGAGUCCAUGUUGGACCAGAUGGCCCAAAGUUGCCCCGACGGGAGCCAGGCGUCGUCGGAGAGCAGUCAAGCGGGAGGGAGUAGCAAUUGCCGCAGUCUUCGGGAGAAGAUACAGGCGUUCAACAAGGCCUCGGUGAUUGGCCAGGAUCUGCUUCAGAAUUUUACCCACUGUUUCAGCAACGACAGCAGCGUGGAAGUUGAGUCUGCGGAGGAAGUCAAAGUGACAUCGAAUUCCAACUGGAAUUCCGGUUACGAAGGUGACGUCGACAGUGAAAUGGAUCCAAUAACCGAUGAACUGGAUGACAAACUCGAGUGAUGCAUUUAAAGUUAUUGUCUAAAUUUGUAAUUGCAUAUGCGUACAUCAUAUAUCAAAAACUUAGUUCUGUAUUACGUGGUAAAUGUUUCAAAUCUGCCAAUCAAAGUGACAAGGCUCCCGUAAAAAUAAAAGUGUUUCUACAUCUAUAA